AUGACGAUGACUUGGAACGAUCAUGACCGGGCCCACAGCCGGCAGUACGUCUACCAGUCACCGAUAUUUAAGACAUCAGACCUCGUCGAAUACUCGGGAUAUCCGGCAUACUCUCCUUCUCCAAAUUCUUCACCGCGCUCUCUACGUUGGAAUAAUACCAAGGGCAUGGACGAAAUGAUUCAAGUGUCUCGACCGCCAAACGUCUAUUAUCGUCCCGUGACAGCACCCAUCUCGCCCGCAGACUUUCAAGCACUACAAGCAAUGACCAUUGCCUCUGGAUGGAAUUUUGGCCGCAUAUCGACAUGGAUCAACGAAGUAUCCACCGGUCAGCGCCUCAUGUGGUUCAUCUAUUUGAGCGACCCUAUCCCAUCAGCGUUUCAUGGAGCUUACGCGGCUCAAAGCACAUCCCAUAUGUCUGGUAAUGGCACACAGGGCUCGCCGGGAAAUUCAGCCUAUCAUGUCGGGUACACGUACAGUCAUUCGCCCAUGGCAGUCGCAAGUACGGGAUCACCGUAUCAUGGACAUCAGCAUACAGUGAGCACGCCGGGCUCCACAUCCUCCCACUCGUCUGGACAGUCUGUACCGGCGGCAUAUGGGUCGGCACCUAGUCCAACUUCAGGGGCGAUAGUGAACCAUGGACUGGACUACCCCGUGCAACACCCGUACAUGCACAGUGUAUCACCUGGCUACACAUCGAAUGGAUAUGCAAUUAACAACGGCACAGCACCGCCGAUAGGAAUGGUGUGUCUCUCGCUCUCGAAUUCGACCGACCCGUCCCUCGCAUCCUUUUCCCAAACGGGUCGCUGCGAAAUUUGCAGCCUGUUUGUCUACUCUGCGUAUCGCCAUUUGGGUAUAGGCGCAGCCGCAAUGGCGAAUAUGGAGAGCCGAGCACGGAUGAUGGGUGCACUCGCGGUCACACUCAACACGCCUGCCGUCGACCGUUUACUGAGACGAUAUGGCGCGAUGGGCUACCGAGAGUACAAGGCUCGAAGUAGGAUGUACAGUGCCGCCGAGGUCCAAGGCGCAGGCUUGCCAGCUGACUACGAGGUCGCUGCAUUCUUGGAGAAGAGGCUUGAUUAG